UUUUAUAACUUAGUCCUCGUAUCAUCAUCAUUUGAUGUUGGCAUCCCUGUGCUUUUACAAUGAGAUACUUAGUCUCCAAUCAUGUACAUAGCAACUAGCUCUUUUCGUUUGGUCGCGUCGAUCAAGUAGAGAGAACGCGCCGAUGUGCUACAAAAGCCGUUUCCAUGGCGCCGACCACAGUGCAGUUUCUUACGUACGUAUUGCCAAACGAAUUGCUUUUUUUGUGAGAUUUGCAAAAAUGCCCGCAGCUUCAAAUCGGAAUGAAUAAUACACAGUGCUUGGGUUCAAUGGACUUCCCCCGAGAGUUCAGCGGAGCGCCGGCAUGACGGCACGGGGAGAUUACGCCUCACAUCGCGGACUCCCGACUUCAUCACUUGCUUUGUACUUAUGAGCGACAUCAUUCAAGGCCGUAACAUGUGAUCUCUUUUUUUUCCCAUUACGGUACGGAGAUACACCCAAGGGAUUGUGAUGAAUGAUUAGUAUACACGAAGUGAUCAGCGACUGGUUUCAGUUUAGUCUGGUGCAAGUGAAGCGGUCGAGAUGCACGAUGUCCGUCGUUGUCUUUUCCCGCUACUUUCGACAGUUUUUAAGGAGACAGAACUGUUUAGGCUUUUCUUCAAGGCGUCGUUGAUUCAUGUUUGGGACGCCGAGGAUAAACACCCAUGUUCCGUGUCCAUGUGCGUCUAUAGUCUCGCAUUUUUGGGGGGCUGGCUGUUUACAGCGUACCUUCAGCUCACGCACGCAACUUAACUCCUCAAAUUGGACCCGUAUGAAUUGAGCAGUGUCGUCUAUUUGGCUUAAAGGGAGGUACUCGAGACAACGGUCACGCUGAGCUUCUUGCACUUUUACGGAAAGAGGGAUUUCUGAAGGAGCCAUUUGCUGUCAGCGUCCUCUCAGGGGAGAACAGGUAACUCGUACAACUUGAAGUUGCCCACUAAGCAUCUUCCAGUAGGCAAUCAACCAGAAUCCAACAUGACAUCUCUACGGGUGACGAACUUGUACGCACAUUCUCUCUCCACCUUCGUGGUAUUCAUUUGCAUAAACGCACCGUCAGUGACCCCUGCGACCCCAGCGAUGCUAGAGUUGCCUGGAAUACCUCAACAGCCGCUCCACACCCAGGGCUCUUCCUCCCGCAAGUCCCAAGAGCACGCCGACGGGCUAGACAGCUUCCAGACCGGCAUGAUCAUCGGCUUCGUCACCUUCGCCGUGCUGGCCCUGUGCAUGAUGCUCCUUAUCCUCUACGUCCUGGUGCGUGGCACGCGCCGAGAGCUGCGCAAGGCACGGGUGGAGCUGGCCGAGUUGCGCGAACAGCGCCGCCAAGACGCAGCCGCCGAGCGCCUCCAGCUCAAGGGUCGCGCUUCCGAGCUCCGCUGCAUCGUGGACGAGGACGACUCGUCCGAUCUCGUGAAGGAGGAGAACGAGCGAGACGACGGGGUGGGCUACGACUAUCAGCCACCGCCGUCCCCGUCGGCGUACGAUAAUUACUCAUACGUUGCCAUGGAAGCACAGAGAAACAGUCGCCAUGGACGGAAGAAGCGUAAGGCCAAUGACUGCAUCAUUGAAAAUUAAUUGAGUGGAGUAUCAUCAUUUGAGAAACUCUACAUGAAUAUGCAAAUGCAACCCGUGAGAGCCUGAGAUAUGCACUGUGGAAGAGAUGUCAGCAUUCAUAGCAUUUAGUCCGUCUUUUACUGGCGCCAAGAUGGCCGAUUAAGGCAAAGGUUACUGGAAAUCUGGUUGCUAUUUUGGUUGUCUCAACCAUAUUUUCCAAACAAAUUCGCUGUCACUGAUUCUAGUGUGAAACAAAAACUUUUAAAUAUUCUGUACCUCACUUAUUCAACAUUUUUUAUUCGUACCUGGUCUGGUGGUAGAAAGGCUGCAGAACCAGCCAGUUUGCUAUUUCAAGGAGGCAAUAUCAUUCGAAAACGAAGCACGCGAACGAGUCGCCUUAAGGCCGCACUGAUAGGGCAGACCUCAUGUGCGCGUAUCGCUGUUCCCGAAUGACCUCAGACGUAUGUCAUUUUGGACAUGCUCUGUCGGAAUACCGAGCUGGCUCAUUCCAGAUCAGGGUCAUUUUGAUAGAAGAUUGACCGUACACGGGCUUCACUGCAGCGGAUGAAUAUUUUUGAUGGGUGUUUGGCAAUUAUAAUGUAACCCCUGUAUCAUUUUAAAGGUACGUUGUAGCUCUUGACCCAACCUCGUUUCCAUGGGUACGAUCUUGCCGCGCCAUGUUUGUUCCCACCAUACCUUGUGUGAUCUCAACUGGUGAAUGAACUGGACUUGUCCACGUCCUAGGGACCGGAAGCUAGCCGUGGUUUAGUGUGUGCAUUAGUCCUGUCAAUUUGGAUGCUGAAUAUUCAUGUUUUGUCCGGCCAAUAGCAGUGCUUAACAUGAAUUACGUUUCAGCGGGGAGGCGAAUAAAAAGCAAGUACCUUCCCUUGCUGAGCCUCCCUUGAUCACAGUGUGACAAUUUAUUUUUCAAUGGUUAUCGUCGAUAAUCUUUUCGCGGCAAGUUAUUUCAAAUCAAUGGUUAUUUUGUUAAAUUUUAGAUAAAUGAACAAUUUAUGGUGAAGCUACUUUCGGUAACGAAG